AUGAAUUACUAUAUAUUCCCUAUAAUUGUGGUGCUUGGAUCUAUUGGAAAUAUAUUAGCUUACCUUGUGUUUACCAGAACAAAGUUUAGAAAAGUAUCUUCAGUGCGUUAUCUAGCAGCUAUUGCUGUUACUGAUACGGGAUUUUUAUGGACUUUCUUCUUAACAAAUUUACAACUGUAUUAUCAAAAGCCAUUACUAACUUACGUUGGUGUCUGUCAGCUUGUGAUGUUUUUGAAUUAUGGAUUUACAUUUUUAAGCAUUUGGUAUAUGGUGGCUUUAGUUGUGGACCGAUUCAUAGCCUUAUAUUUUCCCUUGAAGAAACCCUCAAUGUGUACUGUUUUCAGAGCUAAACUAGUUAUU